ACGCAAAUUACGCAGAAAAGAGAAAUUGUUACAUACCGACAUUUUUAUAAACGCAAUGCAGUUAAAAAAUUCUGUAGUGUGUGAAUGCUACCUUAGGAAAUGCAAAUUGAAAUAAAGUGAGUAAAUCAUAACGGUUUUGUUAAUUCGGUGCCAAAAAAUCAAAAAAGGCCCACUGCUUACCUGUUCAAAAAAGUAUGGUUAUCAGCAAUGUAACUUUCAAAAGUUAACUACAACCGAUGAAAUGCUUUUGAAUAUACUUCAAUUAAUGAGAAUAUGGAGCUGUUAUUGUUCUAUUGAGAUAUGCAAAUCAUCCAAAAAUAGCAGUGCCGUCAUUGGCUUGUUGUUGUCAUCUCGUCUCAAAUUCCUAACAACAAAGCAUCCUAGAACAUUACAUCCUAUCACUGUUCACAGCUUACAGACCAGCCAGUACGUUGAAAUCUGAACAGUUGAGUUAAAGUUCAAAAAAAAUAUGUCUUCGCCAAUGGAUGCUGAAAAAAUUGAGGAGGCAAUGCAAGGAGUAGCUACCCCAAACAGUGGGGGAAGAACCAUAACAUUGGACGAAGAAAUGCUCCAAAGAUUUCGCUUGUUUGAAGAAUAUUUGCGGAAAAAUGGAGAGGUUCCGCCCAGCGAACAACAAGCUCCACGUACCCAAGAUUCUGAGCAUCAGGAGAAAACAGAUCAACCCAUGCACCAGGCGUCGACUCAGCCUCCAUUUUUAAAAGAUGUGAGAUGCUUUAUUUGUGGGCAGCUUGGCCACAAAAAAUGGAGAUGCCCACAAAACAACAGAAGGAAGCAACGAGGAAGAAGAGGGGGGAAAAAAAAAGUUAUUCAUAUAUAUUAAUGUGUAUGACUUAAAAAUAAAUAAAAACUUUAAAUACUGUUGUCA